AUGUCCCAAGACACCGGUCUUUGGAGCACCCUUGGAGGCAUCAGUGCCAACAGUGCCAUUCCGCAGCCCGGUUCGACUAUGAAGCGAUCCAGCUCCAAUAUUGGCGCCAACUACCCGGGCAGCCAUGUCCGCUCCAUGUCGGGAUCUAGGCAGUCCCUUGCCAUGCCGCGUCCCAACCAACCUUUGUUUCAACGCUCCUCCUCUGGAACAAACCUCGCAGACCUUGGCUUAUCUUCAGUGAAGCGAUCUUCGUUCCAGCCAAAGACGGCGGCAUUCACUCCUGGACCUACGACAACGCGAGCUUCUAUGGACGGCGACCGACGCAGCAGUGUAUACCGACCCCGCCAAUCCACGGCACCCGUGACGAGUCACCACCAGAGCUUCUUUCAGACUACACCUGCCCCUGCUGGUGUACCCCGCGACCCUCGACCAUUGAAAGAUCGAUCUUUUCAAGCCCGUAUUGGACAAGAAAUCUUGGAAUAUGUGGUCCAGCAUAACUUUGAAAUGGAAAUGAAACACGUUCUUUCGCAGAAUGUUCUAAAGUCGCCGACACAGAAGGACUUCAACUACAUGUUUCAGUGGCUCUACCACCGUAUCGAUCCCAGCCACAAGUUUCAGAAGAAUAUCGACCAGGAGGUGCCUCCUCUACUCAAACAGAUGCGUUAUCCAUUCGAGAGGAGCAUUACGAAGAGUCAGAUUGCUGCUGUGGGAGGACAGAACUGGAGCACAUUCCUCGGCCUUCUCCACUGGAUGAUGCAGCUUGCCCUGAUGCUUGACGGUUACGUGAACUGCCAAUAUGACGAAGCCUGCAUGGAUAGUGGUGUUGACGUUAGCGGCGACCGCAUCAUCUUUGACUUCCUCAGCAGCGGUUAUCGAGACUGGCUAGCUAUGGAUGAAGACGUAGGCGACGAUGAGGCGGAGCGAGUAUUAGCACCCCAUGUUCAGUCCAUGGCUGCGGCAUUUGAGCGAUCCAACUCAAAGUACACAUCAGAAUUGGAAAUGCUCGAAGCCGAGAAUGCACGUCUUCUCAAGGAGAUCGAGGAUUUGGAAAAGUCAACACCCGAUCCAGCAGUUCUCGACAACCACUUCAAGAUUAUGGAGGAGGACAAAAUCAAGUUCGAGGAGUAUAAUGCGCUAGCCAUGCAGAGAUCGGAAAAGUACGAGAGCCGUUCUCAAGUUCUGCAAGAAGAGCUCGACAAGCUUAUGGAAGAGCUUCAAGAAGCCGAUGAGGAACGACGUAGCCUGCAAAAGGCAGUGGAUGCCCAAGGAAUCAGCAUGCAGGAUAUCGACCGCAUGACUGCGGAGCGGGAGAGAAUGCAGAAGGGCAUCGAGUCGGCAGGUAACCGAUUGGAAGAAGUCAAGAGAAAGGUCCAUGAGCGGGAAACUGAGGCGAGCCGAAAAUUGGAUGAGCUGGAGCAGAUGGUGGAUCGAUACAACACGAUGGCUUAUCAAAUUGCACUGAUUCCUGCGACAGCGGCCAACGCUAAGGGCAGGGAGUUUGAGCUCCAGGUCAUGGUGGCCGAUAACUCCGACUUUACAUCUACCAACUUAAAGGGCUCUUCAGGUCCAUCAUCAGAGGAUCGCCUCUUGGUUGACUCUACGACCGGAUACCAAGCAGGCCACAUUCUCAAUCUGGACCUUCGAGGUAAAAUUCGAAACAGCUUCUUAUCACUGCGCAAGGAGAUCUCAGAUCGACGCAGCACAGCAAUGGAGGAGAUGAUGAAGGACCAUGACUUGUUAGAUGGCAUCAAAGAGGCCAUCGAAGACAGGCGCAGUGAGGUGGAGGCUCUCAACCAUCGUGUCCGCGCCGCAGAAGAGGAGUACGAAAAGACCAAGGAGGUGACAACAGCGCAGAAGCUGGCCUCUGAUGCACACAUCGAGAAGAUGGAGAAGGAACUGUCACGCAUGCGAGCUGGUUUGUCUGAAAAUGUUCAGAUUCUUGAACAGCGUGAGAUCAACACCACUAUUGAAUACGAGCAACUUGUACUCCAAGCCAAUGCCCUCCGAGAAGAGCUCCAUACAGAAAUCGACAGAAUGCUUAACGAUGUUAUCAAGUUCAAAAUUCACGUCCAGAAGAACCUCGACGACUACGAAGGCUUUGUGGCAGAUGAGCUGGAGAAGGAACUCGGUAGCGACGAAAUGGGCGAGGAGACUCGGCAGAUGGAUAUGUGA